GGGAAACCCCACUUGAUCGUCACUUAAGUGGGGGCACGUCCGACAGCGACGUUUGUUCUCAGCGCACGCAAAACCAAAACAGUUCCUUCAUAGUCGUGCGCAAGCGAUAACACGGCAUGGAGAGCGCUGAUUUGGUGGAGUGUGUGUUCGAAGCGGUAAGCACCGGUGAUGCCGAGCUUUUGGCAGGAUGCAUCGGCCAGCUGACCAUCGGUACCGUGCUGGAGUUUGAGCGUCUGUACGGGGAAAGCCCGCUGCAUCUGUGCGUGAAGCUUGGUGGCAUGAGUCAUCUGCCAGUGGUGCGUGGCCUGCUCGCGAGUGGCCUGUUUGAUAGUGCCGCCGUCGACGGGGACGGACGAACGAUGCUCGAGUGUGCCCAGGCAGGUGAAGAUCGAGAGCUGCUCGAGGCGCUGAUAAAGAUAACGACCGAAGGGUUGGAUGAUGCAACCGCUUGCUACCGUGUGCUGAGACACGAUUCGUUGGAGAUAUUCAAAGCGUACCUGGCGGUGAGACAGUUGACGGAGGAGGAAGAAUUUCAACACAUCUCGUGUGCGUUAGUUCAGCUAAAUGCGAAAAACGUUAAACUCUCGGAAGAUCUGCACAUCUACACGCUGUGGAAGCUGUCCGACUAUGGCUUCCGACACCUGGCCGGCAAUUGGCCGGGCACGAAAGACCCCAACGAAUGGAAGCAGCACAUCGAACUCGUCCGGGAGUGUUGGGAAGAUAUUGCAAAGCAUCACGACACUGGGCUGUACGCGGACGUUGACGAUCCGUUUCUGCACCGGCUGCAAACCCUGCACAACCAUCUCUACCUACUCAAGCACAAACAAUUCCUCGCUUAUCUCCCGCUUCAGGAGGCAAUCUUUUGUGUGGCCAUUUUCCUAUCCAUCUAUCGAAAUCCGGGCCAAUUUCGGGAGUAUCGGCUGAUGGUGAACAAAUGUCUCGUGAUCGAGUUUGCGCGCAUGGUGAGCCGACAGCUGAAGCUGGUGAAGAUGUAUCUCGAGCGAACGGAGCAGGAUUUGCUGGAGAUUGUGCAGAGUGUUGAGGGGAAUGAUGCCACAGCGAAGAGUGUGCUGAUUGAGGAACUGUUGGGAAAAAUUGGAGAAUCGCAUCUGCCCAACAAAGAGCACGUGGUGAAGCAGCUGCGUGAGCGGGCAGACACGAUCGGUUCCGCCAAUAAGGACGCUCUGAUUAAAGAUUUAAUGGACAAGCUAAAACGCAUCGAUAAACCUUGGACCGAGGCAAAACUGAACCAACUAAAAGCGCUCGAAAAAACCACCAAAGAGCAUCUGAUUGAGCAAAUACGCAAACGGCUACGCCACGUGUCCCACCCACAGAAUGUGGCGAACCGUUUGAUGGGCGACUGGAAGAAGGGCAAAGCAACCGGCCCCAUCGUAGCCGACCUCAUCGCGGGCGAAUCGUUCGAUCUCAGCCACCUCAUGCGCCCCGAUCGCACCACCCGCCGCAAGCUGAUCAAGUGUUACGUCGCCACCAAGCAGCACUACUCGCUGCACAAGAUCGUGUACUACUGCGAGCAGAUGGCCGGCACGGCACGGCGCCGUGUCACCGCCCCGACCACCUUCGCCGACAUCGCGUGCAUGAAGCGCACCGUCCAGGUGCUCGGGGAAGCGAUCAAAAACACGACCAACUCGGCCAACCUGCCCGGGAAGGCACAGGGCGCGGUCGACUCCAUGCUAACGGCCCUCUUCCCCGACAUGAACAAGCAGCUGCGGGAGGUGUUUUCGCACAGCAUUUCGCUGAAGAAGCUCCUGGUGGGGGAUGGCAACGAUCGGCGGCUGUGUGAAACGUUCCGCUCGCAUCUGGGCAUGGUGCGGACCGCUUUCCAGCUGCUGUAUGCCGUUGCGGUCGCCGACAUAAGACACUCGUUUUAUGGCGCUAUGAGACGAUGCAGCAGCAUGGAGCAGGUCCGUUCGCUUGCCGUGUAUGUGGGCGAUAUGGAGGAGCUGGAGCGGCGGCAGAGCGCUUGCUACAGGCAGGUGCGGGCGUACUUUGACGAAGCAAACGACACGUUUGCGGAGCUGGCGAGGGAAGCGAUCGGCCAGACGCCCCAAUUUCGGCUGCUCCAGGACCAGCUCGCUGUGAAGCGCAGCAUCGUGAACGUGCUGGGCAAACACAUUGAAGAAAACGAUGGUUUUGGGUACGCGGAGCUAAGGAGAGCGUGCUUUGUCGGGGACAGUUUGGAUGCGAUCCGGCGCAUGCUCGACUGGAAGCUGACGAUGACGUGGGCGAACAAAUUCUACCGCGAGGUGCGCACCUCCUGGCACAGCAAUCACGUGGAGUCGGUCACGAUCGAGUGGAUGGAGAAGCGACUGCUCCAGUACAAUCCAUCCGUCAUUGCGGGCAUCCUGAAGAAUGGUUCCAUCUCGAUGGACUGUGCGGAAGAGUUCGAUUACGUCGAGCACACGCGAAAGCUACUGGAGCAGCUCGGUAUGGAGGCGGACACGAUCGGCGAGGAAGCGUUACAGCAGCUGAACAAGCGGCUCAAACCGUACUACAACAACAUGUUCUUCGUCGACAACAAGUGGAAGGUGCUGGAAGCGUUCUGCAAGGAGCGGAAACUCGUUUGGAGUAAAGAACUCACGCGAACGUUGGUGAGGAAAGAUCAGGAAGAGCUGCAGCAGCUGUACGACGAACGCCGUGAAGAGUUGCAGCAACUGCUCAAGGCGAACGAGCUGCACACGCUGGACGGGUUGACCAGGCGGCUGUUUGAGCUACCGACCGCCAUGCUGGUCGCGAUCGAGUACAUGCAGCUGGAGCUGUGCGAGAUGCUGUACGCGGUCGGGUACUUCGGGGACAGCUUCCACUACGUCAAGCAUCGCGUGCCGAUGAUACAGGGGAAGAAUUAUCGCAAUUUCCUGGCGCACGACGCACUUUCGUACAAUCUGCUCACGGACAGCUCGAUGGAGAAGAUCGUGGUGAAUGCGUUCGUGUUUGCCAACCGGAAGGUGCGCCUGUUUGGCGGAGGGGCUGGUGCCGGGAAGGCGGCUAAUUUUUCCUUUCCAACGGAGGAUAAAAUCAACGAGUGGGUUGCGGUGCAGAAACGUCUCUUGGACGCAUUUCGCGCUGGCGAUAUUGAGCGGAUGCACGCGAUCCGGAUCGCCGGUGGAGAGAUUCGAAAGGCUCGGUUUUGUUGCUCCCGUAACCCUGCCUUUCUGGCGGCGGAUUACUUCGAGCUUUCGGAGCUGCUGAAUCCUUGCCGUGUUGCGCAACGGAUGAUGCAGUAUUUGGGGCAAUUUUUCCCAACGAUCCAAGAUCGCUGCAACGAUGCUGACCAUCAGCUAGCGAUGGCACUGAAGUUGCGCGACUUUCAGUCCGCUUAUGAUCGUACGAUCGCUACCGGCGAUCGUGUGAUUCGGGAAGAGCUGUUCGGCUGGCCCGAGCUGAUGGAGCGCGUGCGCCAAACCGAUCUCUUCGUACAUCUGGUUGCGGUCGUUAAUAGGGGCCCCAUUUUGCAGAAGCUGAUCGAGCACGGCAAUGAACGUGGCGUGCGCGAGCUGCUGCCCUACUUUGAGCACUUUAACGCGACGGAAUCCCGCGGUCCGCUCGGCGAUGCGAUGCUGUACUGUGGGCGUGCGAUCACGGAUUUGCUACUACCGCGCACCACCGUACCGCAUCCGGCCGUCAUUCUGCUCGCCAUCAUGCUGCACUGGAGCGACAUCUUUGCGGGCAUGAUGGGCAGGGCUGAGAUUGAUCCCUCGACGUACACGUUUCUGCUGAAAACGGCCGCACAGGCGAGUAACUACACUGCAGGGGUUUAUUUGCUUGAAACGUCCUCGUUUUCACACUUUAUUCCCGCUGCCUUUGAACAGGGCUGCCUGGCCGCGGUUCGACAGGGAGAGGUUGCUCUGUUGAAGCAUUUACUUGCACGCUGUCCAACGAAGGCCAGCACCAGUCUGGCUAAGAUCCUACACGAAGCAGCACGCCGGAAGCGGUGGAACUGUGUUAAAGUGCUGCUCGAAGAGAACGCACCCAUCGAUACACUCUUCCCGGAUGGGGUGCGCGAAGAGCGCUGCGCCUUUUUAUUGCUGGUAAAGCACGGCCAGUACAACCUGUUGCGCAACAUCGGCACGAUCCAUCGCGACAUGUUCGGAACGGUUGCGCUAGAUCCCUUCACGGUGGCGAUACGCAAUGGGACGGCAACGGACAAGAUGAUUCGAGCACUGCAACGACUUGGGUUCGAUUGGCUCGACAACUCAUCCACCCUGCACGAAGCGAUCCGAAGCAAAAAUAUGCCAAUCUUGGAAACGAUCCUUAAAAAAGUUGACGUGGCCUGUACCCUACAACAGCCCGCCAUCCAUCACGAUCACUUCCGGCUGGCGCUCGCGGUGCUUUAUCGCUGGAAAAUGAUCGCUUUUGUGGAGGAAUCGAAAACGUACGAAACGUCACUGUUUCGGGCGGUACAAAACAGGGACAAAGCGAUUGUAGAGACAUUGCUGGCGUGGGGCCGGAGGGUACGCUCACUGCCAGAGGAGUUUGGCGGUGUGCUAGGGGGUAUUGUGUUUGAGCGAGAGUCUGUGUAUAUCCGAUCGGGGAAGAGAUGUGAAGAGCAACCGCUUUGGAAUGCGGGGGAUAGCUGUGAGGAGAUGAUCGUUUGUAUGGAAUCGUGCGCCGUGCUGGAGGGUAUGACAUGGCAAGAGGUGACGGUGAAGACGCGAGCUGUAACGGUUACGUUCCACGUGUUAAUGGGAGAGGAUGAAGUUUUGAGGGUUGAAGACACCUCCUUCGCACUAACCAACCAAGAUUCGUUGCUAGACUGUUUAAAGGACUUCCAAACCUUUGCAAACAGCAAACUCAAUGAAUAUGGCAUCAUUUACGCUUCGUUUUCCACCCCAAAAGCCACCAAACACUUCUGGCAGAUUGAGCAAACGAAUUGUGCGUAUGAUAUCCUUCCCGCUAGCAUCGAUCACCCCAUCGAUCUAACGGAAACGGUUAAUUAUAGGGACAAGGGGGGUGAAACACCGCUCCAUCACUGCUUUCCGCGCGAUACGCUCGAGCUCGUGACGCUGCUGGUGGAAAACGGUGCCAAUCCGCUGCUCGCGGAUAACAGCGGCAUGGCGGCCAUCCACGUGUCGCUGCUCAACUCGCAAGACUACGCCGUCGGCCGGUACCUGUACGAUCAGUGUGUUGCGCGCGAGCUGCGCAACGAGCAGGGCCAGUCCGUGCUACAGCUGGACGAUGGGAACGGAGCGAACCGGUUGAUUCAUACGGCCGUGAUGGUCGGACGGCGUGAUAUUAUCGCACGAUUGCUACGGCACGGUGCCGACGUGUCGGUGGUGAACAGUUACGGCGUAACGCCGGCCCAGCUUGCCGCCGGAACUUGCCUGUACCGGGCGGACCGGGUCGUCGGCAUGCUGCUCGAGCACGAUGCCACCGCGAUCGAUGCGAUCGAUGGGAAGGGUUUGACGCUGGUACAGUACGCGGCAAGGACGAGCUCGGUCCAGCUGUUGCGCGUGGUGUUACGGUACAAACCGAACUUACGGCACACCGCAAACGACGGUCUGACGGCCCUCGGAACGGCAAUAAUCCUGCGGAACGUUGAGAUUGCGAAGUGUUUGCUCAAGUAUGCGAUCGAAAAUGACAUCAGAGGGUUGACACGGAUCGGGGAGGAAGAUUUGGUAGUGCUUUCGUUGAUCUGUGACGAUCGGGAGCUUUCGCAGGGGCUGCUCGAGUACGAGCUGCAGCACACGCUGGCGGAGGUGGACGAGCGUGAUCUGCCCCGGUUGCGGUCGGUGCUGGACUGUACACUGCCCGGGAUGGAGGAUGUGUCGGUAGCGCAGGUGAUACAGAUGAAAGGGUAUGGUGAGUCGCAGUGCUUCCUGGAGGAGCUGCUAGUGAUCGUUACCUCGUUUGCUGAUCAGUAGACUGAGUUUGCGAAUUUAAAAAAAGUAACUACAUAUUUUUCUCAAUUUUGAAUAUAUACAAAUAGAUCUAAUCUUUCACUCAAGUAUGAGAGAUCUGAGCCCUUUAAGGCUCAAACACGCAUUGUGUAGGACAUUUAGAUAGCUUUUAUCAAUUUUUAGGACUUGUUAUGAAAAAGAAUCUGAGAAGAAAGCCAUUGCAGAAUUAAUAACAAAUUUGAAUUGCCUUUAGAAAAAGACUUUAAUAAGCAAUUGAUGCAGGGAUAUAUUGAAUAAACGUUUUAACCAAUUUUUGUUUAUGAA